CGGCCAGAGAUUUUUUUCUUUUGUUAUAUUAGUGCUUUUAAGUUUUAACAAACAAAAAAACAAAACAACACAUGAUCUACGCUUUUGGUUUUCAGAGAUUUAUUAUUAAUUACUGCAUCCUAAUCUCCUGGAUUCUGCCCACAACGAUCUCAUCUCACCAUGUGACUCACUCACCGGUUUCAUCAACUUGACACUCUGAUUUUUCCGAGGUCGAUGGGAAGGAAUCAAACAAUCAAUCUCUCUUCCACCUCCCGCAUCACUCAUUCAUUCAUGUUCAGAUUCCAUUUCCCCAUCCACGUUCACCCUAAAAUUAAUUAUUAUAUUCCAAACCUACUUGCCUACUUCCACUUCCAAACAAAAUUGGCACCCCAUUUCAUGCCAAAACUAUGUGUAUAUGUUUAUUCCUCUCCGCUCACUCACGUGACUACAAAGAUUAUGUUCAGUCACUUCUGAUCUGCGAUGGGGUUUUUUUUUUUUACUGCUACGAGUUCAAAAUUUUUUUAACAGUUACCAAUUUUACCGGCAGGUGGUCGACGAUCGCGGCAAAAUUACCGGGGCGGACGGACAAUGAGAUCAAAAAUGUGUGGCACACCCACUUGAAGAAGCGCGCCAUGAACCAAACUGACGACCAGACUACUACUACUUCUACCAAGCGACGAUCCGCUUCCCUAAAAUCAAAGACCGCAAGGAGCAAUACCGAUCAAGAACCGAAACCGCCGGCGGAAACAUUGUCAUCUCCGCCUGUUGCUUUACUCAGGCAGUGCUCCAGCGACGACGUGUCUACCCUGACGACGGCCACGACGGGGGACGACAACGGUGGGACCAACAGCGGCGCGAAGGCUGAUGAGGAUUUGUCGUCGUCCACGGAGGAGAUGGACGAGAGUUUCUGGUCGGAGGUCCUGUCGGCCGAUAACUCCACCGCGCCCGGCCCGGAUGCGGAGCUUGGACCCGGGCUAUACGAUCCGUUUGUAGGUAGUGAGGGUGAUGGGCCGGCGGCGGCGGCAGCCCUGGCCCACUCGAAUGUGGACUACAGCAGCAUGGACUUUUGGUACAACCUUUUGACUGCUGACAAUAAGGAGCUAUCCGAGCUCCCGCCCAUUUGAGAAAUGCAUGUUUGUUUUAAUUCCCCCACUUUUCUUAGAAUUUAGGCAGGGAGGGUCUGAUUAGUGUUUAGUGAGUUCUUGGGGCCGAUUCCUAAUUCCAAUCUGAUCUUUGGUUUUUCCUUCUCUGUCAAGAAUUUCUUCAGAUUGGACACUUUUGUUGUGGUUUUGCUGUUCAAUUUGUCCACUGGUACUUCAGAGUAGGCUGAAACCAAACUGAAAGAAGCUAGAAAAAAGUUUGGAAACCUUUAACAAAGCCCAUUCUCAUGUCUUGUCAUCUUUGCAACAUGUGAACUUCUGAUGGCUUCGACAUAUGGCCUGUAGCCUGUUCAAUGUCAUAUCAUCUACUAGUUCAACAUGGUACUAGAGUGUACAUCUAAAUGAGAUGAUACAACCAAAAUGUGACAAGUUAUAGAUUUAGAAAUUAAAACAUCAUAAUUUAC